CGCAUGCGCAGUCACUGUAGGCAGACCCGUCUCCGUGGUGUCCUCACCCGUCAUCCCCUCGCCGCCGUCUCCGCGUCGCCGCCGACUCCUCACCGCCUCGCCACCGCCUCGCCAUGCCCGAACAGACGGUGGACAAGGUGGUGGUGCACCCGUUGGUGCUGCUGAGCGUGGUGGACCACUUCAACAGGAUCGGGAAGGUGGGAAACCAGAAGCGAGUGGUGGGCGUCCUGCUCGGCUCCUGGUACAAGGGAGUGCUCGACGUAUCCAACAGUUUUGCCGUUCCAUUCGACGAGGACGACAAAGAUGACUCGGUUUGGUUCCUUGACCACGACUACCUGGAGAACAUGUCUGGGAUGUUCAAGAAAGUGAAUGCCAGGGAAAGAAUUGUGGGGUGGUACCACACGGGGCCAAAACUUCACAAGAAUGACAUCGCCAUCAAUGAGCUCAUGAAGCGAUAUUGCAGCAACUCGGUGCUGGUAAUAAUUGACGCGAAACCCAAGGACCUUGGUCUUCCAACGGAAGCGUACAUUGCAGUUGAAGAAGUGCAUGAUGAUGGAACUCCAACUUCCAAAACAUUUGAACACGUGCCCAGUGAGAUUGGUGCAGAAGAGGCAGAGGAGGUGGGCGUAGAACAUCUGCUCAGGGACAUCAAGGACACAACGGUGGGCAGCCUGUCGCAGCGUAUCACCAACCAGGUGCAUGGCCUGCGGGGGCUGCAGUCACGCUUGGGUGACAUCCGCACCUACCUGGACCGUGUGGCUGCCGGCUCCAUGCCCAUCAACCACCAGAUUGUCUACCAGCUGCAGGACGUGUUCAACCUACUGCCCGACGUGGACCUGCGCGAGUUCAUCAAGUCCUUCUACCUGAAGACCAACGACCAGAUGCUGGUGGUGUACCUGGCGGCGCUCAUCCGCUCCGUGGUGGCGCUGCACAACCUCAUCAACAACAAGCUGGCGAACCGGGAGGCGGAGCGCAAGGAGGGCCAGGAGAAGGAGGACGCACGCAAGGAUAAGAAGGAGGAGGCGGAGAAGAAGGAAAAGGAGAAGAAAGAGGAGAAAGAGGAGAAGGAGAAGGCCGAUGCCAAGAAGAGUGAGGCGAAGGAGAAGAAGUGAGAUCUGAGCCCAGUGGGCUCCCGUUGGACUCCGCCAUUCGACACUGUCUGACGCCUGUGCUGUCCAUGGAUGUGUUUUGUCUCGAGUGUUGCAUUCGUUGUAUAAAACGGUCGUAUGCCUCCAGUGUGUGUGUGCGUAAUGAUUUUAGUUACAUAAUAUCUAACCAGGCCCUAAUCUCAUCAGCUGGGUCUGUCCGGGUCUGUGACCCAGAAAAUAUUUCAACACACCCGGUGCACCACAUCCAGUAUACCUCUCAUGGCUGUGCCUACUCGUCACGUAUCACCUUUAGUCUACCAGCGACUAGGAAUAUAUUCGGUGAGAAAUUAAGCCCUGCAUAUAACAUCUGGGACUAAUUGAAUGCAGUACAGUUGAUGGCUAUAAUAAUGUUUGCUGUAUAUUCACAUGCUCAAGUAUUCUUAACUGAUGUGCAUUUGAUAAUUUUUCAUUGACUUGAGUUUCACAAAUGAGUUUGAUUAGCUAGUACAUUGGGAAUUCUUUUUAUGCAUAAAAGAAUAAGCUUAACUUAUAACAAGGCUCUUGGAUUAUUCCACUUGAACGUAAUUUAGGCCAUGCAUUCAUGUAUAGAUCCAAACGCUUUGCACCUAAAGAACACGCAUUUGGUGUGGUGGGUAGAAAGACUGUCGGGUUUUUCAAAAUAAAACGUGUUUUAGAUCA